UACAUGUCCAACAGUAAAGCUGGUGCACAGCAGCAGCUGUUGAACGUGUUGCAGUCAUGGGAGCGAUGGAGGUUUUUCUCCAGUCAUGGAGCCCAGUUUCAGUUUUAGGGGUUGUGGUUUUGAUCCUCAUUGGGUUUCACUUUAUUCUCUCUAAGUCCAGGCCUCAGGGCCACAGACCGGGACCACCAGGACCAAAACCCCUUCCCAUCGUUGGCAACCUGCUGCAGCUGGAUGUUAAGAGACUUGACCUAGCAUUCCUGAAGCUUUCUAAGACGUAUGGAUCUGUGUUCACUGUCCACAUGGGGCCAAAGAAGACAGUGGUCCUGAUUGGGUAUAAGGCGGUGAAAGAAGCAUUUGUCAGCUAUGCUGAGGAGUUUGGAGAACGGGAAGCUCCCAUCGUGGCUAAAGAAGCAAACCUGCAUCAUGGUAUUGCGUGGGCCAAUGGCGACUCCUGGAAGGAAAUGCGCCGCUUUGCUUUGACCAACCUGAAGGACUUUGGGAUGGGAAAGAAAGUAUGUGAGGAGAAAAUCGUUGAGGAAUGUCACUUCCUCACCCAGAAGUUAAAGGAGUUUAAAGGUGAAGCUUUUGAUUUGUCCCAACAUCUGAAUUUUGCAGUUUGUAAUAUAAUCUGCUCCAUGGUUUAUGGCAAAAGAUUUGAAUAUGAGGAUCCAGAGUUCAAUACCAUAGUAAAUCGAACAACCCAAGGCCUUCACCUGUUGGGCUCACCAGCAAUACAGCUGUACAACAUGUUCCCAAAGAUUGGCAAACUGGUGUUUUCAGCCAGAAAGAAAAUGAGAGAUAUAUUUGCUGCCAAUAAACAACAUCAUCUGAUGCUGCUGAACCGUUUGAAAGAGACUCUCAGUCCACAGAUGUGCAGAGGAGUUGCAGACGCUUUCCUCAUCCAUCAACAGCAACACAAGUCAUGGAGCCCAGUUUCAGUUUUAGGGGUUGUGGUUUUGAUCCUCAUUGGGUUUCACUUUAUUCUCUCUAAGUCCAGGCCUCAGGGCCACAGACCGGGACCACCAGGACCAAAACCCCUUCCCAUCGUUGGCAACCUGCUGCAGCUGGAUGUUAAGAGACUUGACCUAGCAUUCCUGAAGCUUUCUAAGACGUAUGGAUCUGUGUUCACUGUCCACAUGGGGCCAAAGAAGACAGUGGUCCUGAUUGGGUAUAAGGCGGUGAAAGAAGCAUUUGUCAGCUAUGCUGAGGAGUUUGGAGAACGGGAAGCUCCCAUCGUGGCUAAAGAAGCAAACCUGCAUCAUGGUAUUGCGUGGGCCAAUGGCGAAUCCUGGAAGGAAAUGCGCCGCUUUGCUUUGACCAACCUGAAGGACUUUGGGAUGGGAAAGAAAGUAUGUGAGGAGAAAAUCGUUGAGGAAUGUCACUUCCUCACCCAGAAGUUAAAGGAGUUUAAAGGUGAAGCUUUUGAUUUGUCCCAACAUCUGAAUUUUGCAGUUUGUAAUAUAAUCUGCUCCAUGGUUUAUGGCAAAAGAUUUGAAUAUGAGGAUCCAGAGUUCAAUACCAUAGUAAAUCGAACAAACCAAGCCAUUCAACUGUUGGGCUCACCAGCAAUACAGCUGUACAGCAUGUUCCCAAAGAUUGGCAAACUGGUGUUUUCAGCCAGAAAGAAAAUGAUCGAUAUGCUUGCUGCCAAUAAACGACAUCAUCUGAUGCUGCUGAACCGCUUGAAAGAGACUCUCAGUCCACAGAUGUGCAGAGGAGUUGCAGACGCUUUCCUCAUCCGUCAACAGCAACACAAGGAAUCUGGGAUCACUGACAGUCACUACCACAACGACAACCUGCUGACUACAGUCAUGAACCUGUUCUCUGCUGGAACUGAAACGACAUCGACUACCCUGAGAUGGGCAUUCCUGUAUAUGGCCAAAUAUCCCAAAAUACAAGACCAGGUCCAGCAGGAGUUGAGGAGUGUGAUUGGAAGUCGGCAGGUUCAGGUUGAGGACAGACAGAACCUGCCUUUCACAGACGCCGUCAUCCACGAGACACAGAGAGUGGCCAACAUCGCUCCUUUGGCAAUUCCUCACAGGACGAGCAAAGACGUCGUGUUCCAAGGUCAUUUUAUUGAGAAGGGAACUCCAGUGAUUUCGGUUUUAACGUCGGUCCUGCAAGAUGAGAGCGAAUGGGAGAAACCGAACGUCUUUCAUCCAGGCAACUUCCUCAACAAAGAUGGGAAGUUCCUCAAGCGAGACGCCUUCAUGCCUUUUUCAGCAGGUCGCAGGGUUUGCCUUGGAGAGAGUCUGGCCAGAAUGGAGCUUUUCAUCUUCUUCGCCACGCUCCUGCAGCACUUCAGAUUUUCUCCUCCACCUGGAGUUACAGAGGAAGACCUCGAUGUAACUCCACGAGUUGGUGGUACUCUGAGUCCUCAACCUCACACGCUCUGUGUUACCCCUUUAAAUUAAGGAGGAGUCUAUAUGAGGAAAACAUCCACUUUGGUCCCAGUAGUAGGAAGAGAAGGAGUUUCAGUAAGGAAGGUCUGUAAUGGCAACCUUAAAACUCUGGGGUUGGGGAGAUCAGAGAGAGAUCUGUCUUUCACCUGUUGUUCAUUUGGGCGACAUCAGCGAUACAACCUGACAUCUCCUCCUGGCGGCAGAGAGAAGGUCUGCUUCUUUGGAUUGGAAAACAUCCAUGGGACUGCACUGAAAUAAACCUGAUUUUAUUUAUAAUUCUGUAGAAGGAAACUUGUAAUUACAGGUUCCCUCAGAUUACCAUCAACAAAUCCAUAAUUUUUUACUUUUGCAAAUGAUUAAAAUAUCUAUUAAUGCAGUAAUUGAUAAACAUACUAAUAAUCAAUUCUCCACAAGCUCAUGGAUAUCCAAUUCAGUCAAACUACAGAGUAUUAAUUUAUCAAAAAUAAAUUGCACUGUGAAAUAAUACUUGGAAUACAUAUUUGUCUAAUCUCUUCAGUACAAUCGCUGGUCUUUGUUCUACAAAACAUGACUGAUUUUUAUGUUCAAAAAUAACUUGAGAAAUCAAAAUGAUGAAAUGCCUGAGAUGUACAGUGAUAGCUAUGAAAAUAUAAUAUUGGGAAAUAUUUUUCAGUUUUUAUUAUAUGCUAAGCCUUUCAUGCAUCUGAACUCUGGCUAAUAGCAGCAGAUCUGAGGAUAUUCAGAGACUUUAAAAGUGAGCUGGACUGUCGUUUCUUUCAUUGCUUCAUGGUUUCUCAUAAUACUGCAUAACAUAGUUAAAUAACUAAUCGUCUCAAACCCAGUCAGUUGGAGAAAGGAGAUGUUGAAUGCUGCUUUUAAUCGAACUGGUAGAUUAUCAGUGAAUAAGAAAGUAAAUAUUACUUUUCAAGCUGCACCGCUUACUCUAUUUUACCACAAAGUGGCAGCAAAGAUAAUCCAUAUAGAAAUUGGAGGGUUUCAUUUAUUUGUACUUCAAAUGCAAUCAAGACAUAAAAUGAUGAAAACUAAAUCUGUCCAUAAAUCUGUUACCAAUCAGAAAACAGAAGAUGAUAAAUUUUUAUGUUUUGUUGUAAUAAAGGUUUAACUCCUGAAGUUUAGUGCGGUGUUGGUGCAGCAACAUUUUUAUAGCUCAGAGGAAACGUCACCAAGAUGUCUGAUAACAUGAAUCUGAAAAAACAAGACAACAGGAAAAAGCAUCAUUGACACUUAAUCUAGAAGUGAAACUAAAGAGUUCAUUAUUUACAAUUAAAUAUAUCAACUCAGAACUUUCUUUUAAGUUUAAACUAACUGUUCUGCUAAGUUAAGUUCAAAAUAAGUUAGAGUUAACUGGAGUAUUUAGAAAAUGUUCUGUUCUAAAGGUAAAGUUUAUUUCAGAAGAGCCACAUUUUGCUGGAGCAAAGAAUAAACAGUCUUUUAUAAUUAAUACCUGAAGAAAUGCUUCCCUUCAAACCGAAACACCAACAGCAGAGUUAAUUUCCUGUCCGCUCACAGCGCAAGAUCUGAAGAUAUUUUUGUUGUUUCCUCUUCCUGGAAGAAAUAUACCUGCAAAAAAUAAAAACAAAAUCCAUCUUG